AUGAAGACCCUGUUCCUGGCCGUCAGCCUCAGCCUCAUUGCUGCCCUGCAGUCCCAGGAUGCCCCAGCCUCAGACGAAGAGAGUCAGAAUGUGUCAGGAACGUGGUAUCUGAAGGCCAUGACAGCAGACAAGGAGAUUCCUGGGGAGAAGCCAGAGUCUGUGACUCCCUUGACCUUCACAGCCCUCGAGGGGGGCAACCUGGAAGCCUCCAUCACCAUGCUGAUAAAUGGCCAGUGCCAGAAGAUAAAAGCCGUGCUGGAGAAAACUGGCCAACCGGGAAAAUACAUAGCCAAUGGGAGCAAGCGUGUAGUGUAUCUCAUUAGGUCGCCUGUGAAGGGCCACUUGAUUUUUUACUGCUUGGGCGAGCUACAUGGGAUGCAGGUCCAGAUGGCAAAGCUCAUAGGCAGAGACGCUGAGAAUAACCCAGAAGCCCUGGAGGAUUUUAAGAAGUUCAUGGGAGCCAGAGGCCUCAGCCCGGAGCACUUCCUCAUACCCAAGCAGAGCGCACCCAGGGCAGCACCACCCAGCUCCUCUGUCCUGUGUGGGGACAUGGGAGGAGCUCCUGAGAUGCAGCUGGAUGCAAGAGUGCUGCAGGCCAAAGGGCACAAGAGGCUGGGCAGAGGGCAGGUGCUGGUGGCCCUGCCCGAGGGUCCCACGCUGUGUCUGCAGGCCUUUGCCUGA